GCCUCCGUGGCCUGUGUAAGUGUGGAAACUUUGCUCUACGCUGCGCUUGCCCUGCCAGAGUGUCAGAGAGGAGCGAUGGCAAGGCGUGAGAAGAUGAGAGGAGCGACCCUCUGCCUGGUCCUGGGCGUCCUCAACGCUCUGGCUCACACAGAAGCCGCAAAAUUCACCGUGAGCAAGCCGUACAUGCACACUCUGAACCUGAACGGCUCUGUGUCAGUCACGUGUCACCAUGACAUCCCAGACGCACAGGAGGUUGAUGCCAAGCUGUGGAACGAGCACGACAUAGUGUGCGAGGAUGGAAAAGAGGGCUGCGCUAUGAAGUGGGAAGGGCUGACAAAGGUCACGUACACUCUGUGGAAUCUCCAGGCCAGCGAUGAGGACAAGCUGUUCAGGUGCCAGUUCUCCCGAACCGAACCAAUUCCCAUCAUACAAAGUCAUGGGAAUGCAACCAACCUCUUCCCAGGGUGCAAGAUACCUUUCCCUCCCCCUCGGAUGGCCACCCCUACCUCCAUCUCCUCCUCUCCCACGUCCUCCCCUGCCCCCCGGGACUCUCACCCCCCCACAGACCCUCUGGUCUGGUUCCUAAUUGGUGCCGCUGUGCUUCUCUGUCUGUACAGCUUCAUCGUCACCAUCCUCUUCCACAAACUCAAGGUCAGCAGAACUGAGGUCUUGUACGAUACACUCACUUAUCUUCCAAAUCAGCACCAACAGGCCAGAACACAGGGCCAGGCCAGGGCAGGGAGAGGCCCGAGGGAAGUCAGUGAAGAGUACAUGGACAUGCGUGAGGUCCAGCAGAAGGCCUGGUCCACCCAAGACAUGAACCACAACUCCCAGGCCAUACCCAACGGCUUCGUCGCCUGAGGCCCAGCCUUCACUGUACCUUUAGCUGUGCUCAGCUUCAGUUUAAUGUGUGAGUCAAUGUGCUGCUGCUGUUUCCUGUCCACUGUAUGUGUGUGUGUGUGUGUGUGUGUGUGUGUGUGUGUGUGUGUGUGUGUGUGUGUGUGUGUGUACUGAAAAUGUUCUCUCUAUCCCUGCUCUAAAGUACACUUGAUUCACGGGAGUGUUGAUGCUGUUAUGACAUUGUGUUAAGUGUGUGUGUGUGUGUGUGUGUGUGUGUGUGUGUGUGUGUCUGUGUGUGUGUGUGUAUG